CAAUUUAAAUAUUCAAAUAAAUUUUUAAUAUUCAAUUAUUUUAAACUAUAAUCAGAAAUAUUAUAUUACAUUUUUCAUAAAAUUUUGAAUAACCUGAAAAUUAUCAGUAGCCAUCUUGAACAAAGCGUUUACACACAAACACAAACAUUGGUAGUGGUGAAAUCAGUAUGAUAAAAAUUGUAAUUUUUUAUUAAUUUUUUUUAGUCAAAAUUUUUUAUAAUAGGUUUAUGUAGAUUAAAUAAUGUUAUGUUGAAUUCGUAUUUGAAAUGUUUUCUUAGUUAUGGCUGCUUCUAGAAAACUACAAGGUAAUUAUAAGUAGUGCAUAAUUCAUAAUUGUACAGUUAUUUACUCAAAAAUUAUUCAAAAGAAAAUUAGGCAUAUGAUUUUAUAAGGGUAUCACCAUUUUACCAAUUUCAACAAUUUUAUUUAGAAUUUUACAAGUUUUGCACAUUUUUAAAUUAACUGCUGUUUGAUUAUAUUUGUGGUGAUAUUUAGAUACUGUUAGUAUAAGGAUUAAAAAUAAUUUUAUUAACUUAAAAAAAAAUAAACUACCCAAGUAUAUGCUUAAUUGUUUGUUUUUAUUACAUUAUUUGAAAUUGAGUUAAUUAUCAAUUAAGUAGUAGAAAGUUUUUUUUUUUCAAAUAAUAAACAAAUAUAAACUCUAAUUGAUAAAUUUGUGGUUUUAUUUCAAAAUGUAUUUAUUUACCUGUGAGUACUUACUAAAUUGUGUACAAUCUUUAGGUGAAAUUGAUCGGUGCCUUAAGAAAGUUACCGAAGGAGUUGAAACAUUUGAGGAUAUUUGGCAAAAAGUGCAUAAUGCAACAAAUAGUAAUCAAAAAGAAAAAUACGAGGCUGACCUCAAAAAGGAAAUCAAGAAAUUGCAAAGAUUACGUGAUCAAAUCAAAAGUUGGAUUGCAUCUGCAGAAAUUAAAGACAAAAGUGCUCUACUUGAUUACCGUAAACUUAUAGAAACUGUUAGUAUAUUUUAUUAGUUAUACACACUUUUAAUUGUACCUAUCAACUAUCUUCUGACAUAUUAUUUUUAAUUUUAGCAAAUGGAAAGGUUUAAAGUGGUCGAACGAGAAACAAAGACUAAAGCUUAUUCUAAAGAAGGGUUGGGUGCUGCCCAAAAAUUAGAUCCCGCUCAAAAAGAAAGGGAAGAAAUAAGUGCAUGGUUAACACAAUCAAUUGAGUCGCUCAAUAUUCAAGUAACUUAACUUUUAUAUACUUAAUGAAAUAAAUACUGAGAAUGUUUGCUCAUUUUUUUUUUUUAAGAUGAUUCUUUACUCUAAGUUUCAAAUUUAAAUUCUUAAUUUUUUUUAUUUCGAAAAUAUUUAAAAAAAAAUAUACACAUUAUAUUUCUGUAUGUUGUAUAAAUGGAUAACAAAUAUUAAAUUUAUCAAUAUUAGAUUGACCAAUAUGAAUGUGAAAUGGAGUCAUUACUUGUUGGAAAGAAAAAACGAUUAGACAAGGAUAAACAAGAAAAACUAGAUGAACUAAAAUCGAGAGUAGAACGACAUAGGUUCCAUAUACGAAAAUUAGAGACUGUUUUAAGAAUGUUAGAUAAUAUGUCAGUGGAAGUUAAAAAGGUAUUAUUAAAAUUGAUUGACCAUAUUUAAAUACACACACACAUAUUACAAAUAUAGAGUGUCUCUUAAAGAUAUGCCCAUUGUGGUAAUAUCUAAGAAAGUACUUAACUUUUUUCAGAAUUUUUAAUUUGUUGGAACAUUUUAGAAACAAGUAGCUCCAAAGUGUUAUAUUUUUAUUAUUUUUGGAGGUUAAAUGAUUACCUACUUUUAAUUUUUAAAAAGCAGACUAUAUUAUUUGUUUAAAUAUAUUUUGAGGUUUAAAUUUUUAUUUCUAUCAACCUGUUGAUGAGGUAUUUUACUUUUAAGUUUGGGUAGAGCUGGUAGGGAAAGUAUUACGGAAAAAAAAAUUAAAUACUGCUAAUUGUGAACCACCAAAAUGAUACUCUCCCCCUAUUUAAACAUUAAAGUGGAUUAUCAUCUCAAUGGAUUGAUAAAAAUAACAAAUUUCAACACCAAUUGUAUUUAAACCAAACCUCUAUCACUUUUUGGGGUUUUUAUUAUUAAUUGCUAUUUGAAAAUCGAAAAUAUGUAAUCGUUUCUCCCCCCCCCCAAAAAAAAAAAAAAAGGAUUCUAAAAAAAUGGUAAUGUAACAUUUCAGAGCUGCUUGAUUGAUACAUAGUCUAACGAAAAAUUGUUUUAAAAGAUAAUACUUGAUGAGAUAUUAUAUUGGAUGUAUAUUUGUGGAAUACCAAAUAUAAUGUAUAAAGUAUUAAUAUUUUUCCAAUUUUUUUUUUUUUUAGAUUCGUUCAAUUAAAGAUGAUGUAGAAUAUUAUAUUGAAGCAUCACAUGAAGAAGAUUUUAUGCAUAAUGAUGACUUAUAUGAUGAUAUUAUUGGAUUGGCUGAACUUGAAUUAGGAGUUUCUGCAAAUAAUUCUACUGAAGCAAAUGGUAAUUAUAAUUUUGAUAAAAAUAGUAAAGAAGUAAUUUAGUAGUAAAUAUAUUAUAAUAUAAAUUGUAUUUUGGUGUACCAAAAAAUUUUGAAUUAAUAGGUACACCCACUAGCCAAACUGCAAGUGUCACUGGUUCUUGUCCAGCAUCUCCUGCUCCAAUGUCACACAAUCAUUCCAUUGAAGAGCCUGUUUCAGUGGCUUUAAUUACAACUUCCCCACCAGUAUCAACAACUACUGUUGCUACAAUUAGUGAAUCAGUUUCAACGAUCUCUACCGUAUCUACAGUUGUACCUUCUAUUAUUUCUACUUCUUUUGUAGCAGCACCAGUUCGAAAAAAAAAAGAUGAAAUUACUAAAGUUAGUUCAUUUACUAUAACGUUAUAAUUUAAUGUAAUAAUUUACAUGAUGCUAAAUUUUUAUUUAAUUUAGAAUACAAUUAAACCAAUGCCUAUUAAACCCAAUUCUUCAAAUAGUACUAAUUCAACAGUCAAUAGUAAAGCUCCAACAAUAGCUGCUGUUGUUAAAUCAUCUGUUAGUAAUCAUACUACUACAACAUCCAGUGUACCUAUUAUGGCUCAAUCUAUAACUACUCAAUCUAAUACUAUUACAGUAGGUAAUUUUGCAACAGUAGCAGCUUCAAAUCUUCAUAGUAAACAUACACGUAAGUUUAUAACACAAUUUUAAAUAUUAGAAGUUAUUACAUUGUUUUAUUUUAAAAAAAACUGUGUUAAAUUAUGUAUUGAAGUAAAUAACUUAAUUAGAGGUAUUUUUUGUCAAUUUGUUAUUACUCCAACAAUUUUGAAUUAAAAAAUAACUUCUAACAUAUAUUAAAUAAUAUAUUUUUAUCCUCCUUUUUUGUGUAAAAAAAAAUAUUUUCGUUAAACUUUUGUAGAACUUGCCUUUAAGUCUCAUAGAAUUCCCUUGUUAUAUAAAACACCUUGUGUUUUUUCCUACUUUUAUCCAAUCACACUUAAUACUAUAACAUAUUCUUAUAGUACAAAGCCAUCAUUAUUUUAUACAAAAGAUUCUAGGCUUUUAAAACUCAACCUCGCCUAUAGCUGUUGCAUAUUGUUAUUAGCUCUCUUGUGGUGUGUUUUCAAACUCAUACUUUGUUUUACUUCUACUUUUCCUUAGUCCUUUUUUUUUUCAAGUUCUAUUCUCCACUCCUCUCAAGCCUAUUGCAUACUUUUUUAGAUUUUCUUUUAUCAAAGCUAUAUCAUCUGUAAACAUCAUGGAUCAUGGUACCCCUCUCACCUGUUCUUAUGUACAAGUGAGAUGGGGCAUUCCACACAAGUAUUGUAUGAGUUCGAUGUCCUGACAGUAUUUUACACCUAUUGUCGUCCUGAUACAAACCCAUUUGUUUUCUUUUAUGAUAGGUAAAUGUACUGUAGGAGUAUUCUGAUCCCUUCCAACAAAGAGAAUGAUAUUGUCAAAUGUAAGGUAAAUUUCUCCAACCCACUGAAACAUUACCAUAUGCUUACUGAAAUCGUUCAUCUGAGCAUUUUAUUAGUAGGAGCUCAGGGUCCCUGGUUUGGUAAACUUGUAGUAUCAUAUGCUCCCCUGAAGUUAUUACUCUUAAAAUGUAUAAAACUAUCAAAAAUAUUUCUGCCUCUUAUGCAGGGCAUACAUCUAUGCAGCGUAGUGAGAAAUUGAGUGAAAACUACAUUGUAAAUAUUUUAGGAUCUCCUUGUUUCUUCUAUGUUUCUAAUGGUUUUAUAUAUUUAAUCCCUAAGAUAUCAAACAAAAUCAUUGGUUAAACCAAAUUUUUGUAGUAUUUACCAUUCAGCCUAAUUGGAAUCCUCUUAUCAUGCAGAUAGCUCUCUCUAUUUCAUCCAAAUAUACUAAAUCCUUUUUUUGUAAAAGAGAUCCCAAAUUCUUACAUUUUUUCUUUACGGGUUUCUCCUUAGCUAUUGUCAUACCUCGCUUUAAUCAACCAUCACUCUGCUUGUACACAUACUCAACAAUUUUCAGUGUUUUCUAAAAUGUUUAAUAGAUUAUAAUAUGCAUGCGAUAGUUUGGUAAUUUAGUAGAUAGUAAAAUAUAUGUUAUUUAUAAUUUAAUGACAAUGAAACAUUGUUUUGUAAACAAAAUGAUUUUAAUAUUAUUGUAUAAUAUUUAUAAUUUUUUUUUUCUAUAGAACCACAAUCCGUUGAAAGUACUUCUGUUGCUACAUCUAUAACAACUUCUCCAUCAUCUUACCAUACAAAUAAUGUUUCAACUACGCAAGUAAAUGUGAAUAAUUCGGACAGUGUUGUUAAUUGUGUAUCAUCUACACCUUCAUCACUCAGUUCUACUACAUCACCAGUACAAAGUGAUUCUCAUUCAGCUUUAUCAUCACUUAAGACAAUGGCACAAAAAGCAAUUGAUCAAGCUGGAAUUGAUAUAAAUCAACAAUCUUCUGACUCUAAAAGUAAUUAUAAAACAAUUUAUGUAUGCAUAAUUAAUACAAAUAAUAUUGAAUUAUUUCUUUUAUAUUAUGUGGAUUUUACAUUUAAUAUUUAAACAAAUUAUAAUAAUCUUACUUUCAUUUUGCUGUAAAAUUUGGAGAGGUUAUAGUUUUUUUUUAAAACAUUUUUUGAAAGUUCAGUUUACUAUCAUAUGUUGUAUAUACUUAAAAAUAGCAUAUGUAAUAAAAAAUGUAUUUAAUUUUAAUCACAAAACAAAUGAAAUGUGUUAUUUUAUAUCACCACAAUGAUAAAUAAUAAUUAUGUUCGUAUUGAGUACAUUAUUUAGUGUAUCUAGGUGUGUUAAAUAUAUGGUCAUAUAGUUUUAACUGUUUGUAACUAAUCAAUAAAAAAUAUUGUUUUUAUGUAUGUUAAAAUGUUAUAAAGAGGAUGUUAUAUCCGUAUCUAGUGUCUCAGUCCAACUAUUAGGUAACAUACAAAAACAAUGCUUAUGCAGAAAUAAGUAAAAUUAGCUUAAUUUUGAUUUAAGAUUAAAAGUACCUAUUAUGAAAUGUAUAGAAAAUAAUAUUGUCAGGUGUUUUUUGAAUUAUGAACUAUUAAAAAAGAAAAAAAAAGUUUUUUAUCUUUUAUAUCGAGUUUUAUAUUUUGAAUAAUACAAAAAUCUAAUUACAUUCCCUCCUAAAUAUUGUUCUUUAUACAUUUCAUAAUAGAUACUUUUACUCUAAAAUCAAAAUUAUUGAACUACUCUUUCUGCAUUAGCAUGGUUUUUGCAUACUAUCUGGUAGUUGGACUAAGACAGUAGAUGUGGGUAUAACGUCUUCUUAAUGUUGUUUCACAUUAAAUAAAUAUUAUUAUUUAUUAUUAUUUUUUUUUUUUCUUUUGAAGGUAUGAGUUCAAAUGUAGUUCAAAAUGCAAGUAGUCAUCUUAGCGUACAGCAACAACAAUCACAACAGCCACCUGUUUUGUUUGAAGCUAAUAUUUCUCCCUUAUUAGGAGUAGCUCCAUUGGGUCCUGUUCCACUUUCCAAAGACCAUCAAUUUCAAUUUACAAUGCUUGAAUCUGCAUUUGUACAUUUACCUCAUCCAUCAGAUUCUGAACGAAUCAAACUAUAUUUGCCUCGAAAUCCAUGUUCAACACCUCAUUAUUAUAACCAAGUAAAUAAUAUAAAACAAAAAAUAGUAUAAUAUUUAUAGUGAUAUUAAUUUUGUGCUUUAGGGACCUCUUCCCCAUUCCGACAGUUUAGAAUUUUUCCAAAGACUUUCGACAGAAACUCUCUUUUUUAUAUUCUAUUACAUGGAGGGGUCUAAAGCGCAAUAUUUGGCAGCUAAGGCACUAAAGAAACAAAGUUGGAGAUUCCAUACUAAAUAUAUGAUGUGGUUUCAACGCCAUGAAGAACCUAAGUUAAUUAAUGAAGAAUAUGAACAGGUUUGAUAUUAAUUAUAAUGGUUUUUAAUUUGUAAACUACAUGUAAAUUAUCAUUAUUUAACUAGGGCACUUACAUAUAUUUUGAUUAUGAGAAAUGGGGUCAGCGAAAAAAAGAAGGCUUCACGUUCGAGUAUAAAUAUCUGGAAGAUAGAGAAUUAAAUUGAAAAUUGUGUUAUUUUUAUAUAGUCCUAUACUGAAAUAAUAAUUAAAAAAAAAAAGAAUAGAAUAUAAUCCACGAAUAAAAGGAUUAUUUUUGCCCCCUUACAACAUGUGAUAUGAUUUGGAAAUUUGGAGAAAAGGAAUUUGGAGUGUACUAUAUUUUUUUUUUAAUUUUUAAAAAAUAACUUUAAUAUAGUCUUUGUUUGUAUGUAUAGUACAUAUUAACUAAAUGAUGUACAUAUUAACAGACUGCUUUAAAUAUUUUUUCUAAAUUAUAUGUUCUUUAACCAAGAAGUACUAGGAUUUUAUAUCCCAUAUGUAUUCCUUGGAGAAUAUCAUCAUUUCUUUCUUUUUUUUUUUCAAUAGUAUUUUUGUUUCGAGUUUUAAAAUAUUACAAAUAGAAUUAUUAUUAGCAAAACAGUUAAAUUUAUUAUAGUUUAAUAUUAGUGUUUUUUCUGUAUCUAUUGUACUUUUUGUACCUCAGAUUUUUUGUCAAUGUUAUUAAAUCUGUGAUGCCAAAAAGUUAAUUUUAUUGGUGUCAUUCAAAAAUUAUGUAAAUUGUCCAUUCCCUGUCUUUUGGAAUUAGUUUUUCCUUCAUUUGAGUAUGUAUAUAAAAACUGAUUAAUACUAUUCAGUCAAAUACAUAAAUCUUAAUUUAAUUAAAAUAAAGCGAUAUAUAUAUAUAUAUUUUUUUAAUGAUGAAAUUGUAUACAUUUAUAUAAAAAUGAACAGUUUUUUAUUAAGUUUUAAAAUUUAUUUGUGUAUAUUAGAUAAUUUUUGAAUGACCCUUUUUUUAUAAACAAAUUAUUAUCCUUUCCUUAUAAUUAAAUUCAUAUAAAAUUUACAUUAUUGGUUGUAAUUUAUAUUUUUCUCAUAUUAAAUUGAAAAAGUAUAGAUUAAGUUCUACAAUUUAAAAUCGCCCUUAUUGUACUUAAAAAUGACUUACUGUAGAACAAAACGUUUAGCUACUAUUUUUAUACUACUGUGUAUAACAUCUAAUAAUUUUUACUGUAAAUAAAUUUACCAACAGUAAAAUUGUAUUUAUUAAGAGUCUUUCAAAAACUAUUUAUAAUAAAUAUAUAUAUAUAUAUUUCAUCAAUAGAAUUAAGGUUUUUUUUUAUAAUAAUAAUUUUUUUUUUUUGUACAAUUUUUUAAUUCAUUGGUUAGGAACAAUAUUUCAAAUGUUGACUACUAAUCUUAAAUAUUUAAAUAAUUUUUGAUUGACUCUUAAAACUUUUUAUUAAAAACCAAUCAACCUCAGUGAUCAUUAAUCAGUGUAAUACAUAUUUAUAUUAUUUUAUAGACCAGGAAAGUAUUAAAUUAAGUUACUUUUCCUCUUGUGAUUUAUCUUAGGGACAAAAUGAUCAAUGUUUUUUUUUAUUAUUAUUGUUGGCUGUUAUACUAAGCUAUAAUUCUGUUUAAUACAUGGAUUAACAGAUUGAUGUUUUGUUCCUACAGCAUCUUAUAAACCAAUCAAAUGAAUGAUAGAUGUACAAAAAGUAAGCUAUGUAAUAAAAAAAAUAUAUAUUAAAAUUAUGUUUUGAUAUUACUUUUUAUUUUUUGACUUAGUUAUAACUUAAGUUGAUGAGAUCUAAAUUUAAAAAAUUUUGUUCAUAGAAUAUAAAUACUUAUCAACACAUUUAUUUAAUUUGAAAUUUAUUUUUAUAAUAAUUAUAACAAUAAAGAAUGUUCAUUGUAUAAUUAAAACUGUUCAUCAAAGAUUAUUUAAUUAAAUGAUUUAAUAUAAAAAUAAUAAGUGUUAAAUUGAAUCUAAAUGAAUUAAAGUGUUUUGUACAAUGUCACUACAUUCCUCAUUUAAAGCCACCCUUCCCAAAUGCUGUGGCAGAGUCCAACAGAUCACAUUUAUUUAAUAUUAUGGUAGAAUCCAAGCGCCCCUCCCCUCUCAAAUCUUUUAAGAUAAUUGCACCACUGUUGUAGGGUAUAAAUUUAGGGUCAUUUCAUUUAACUCUAUGCAAAAUAAAUAAUUUUCAUAACAACCAAUUCUGAAUGAAGUUUGACUAAACAUGUUUAGUUAGAUUAAAAUUACAAAAUGUAUAUCUUCUUCUAAGUCCCAAUUAUAUAGUCGGCCAUCCUCAACCUAAACUUCCGCUUGAUUCGAUUUCCUAUCUCAUAUACACUGAGUGUACUUAUGUUUUUUGUCUUCUUAUUUCUCUCUACCCUUAUGAUUAUAUUCAUUACCAUACUACUUCCGAUUCCUCUAACCUCACAAGAUGCCUAAACUACCUUAGUUUAGUUUCUCAUAUUUUGUUUACUAUUGAAGCAAUGUCUAAACUACUACAAAAAGAAAUGAUUGAAAUUGAUCAGCGAAGUGAACCCUACCACAAGUGAUCAACAUGACUUUACUACGAGAAAGCACUCGAUAGGUACCUGCCAUGUCUGGUAAAUAAAUGAGGAAUCAUAAAGGGUUAGUAUCGGAUUUGGGUUGGAUUGAUGUGGUGAAUUAAAUGGCUUGUUUGAUUUUUAAUAUAUACUACCCCUUUUAAUUAAAUAAAAAAAAAAAAAAAACUAUUUCUUAUUACAAUAAAUAAGAAAAUUGACAAUGUGUAUUGUUGAAUUUAGAAGAAAUUUCUUAAGAUUUUUAACUACCUAAUAUUAGUCUAUUAAGGUAUCUUUACAUACACGUGCGCCAACUAUUGAGUUGCUGUGAUGCUAUUUAACACGUUAAUAUUAUAAAUGUAGAAAAAAUAAUUUUUAAUUAAAAUAAUAUUUUGGGUUUUUUUUUUGUUAUUUUGGUAGUGCCAUCGACUUCUAUCCUUGAUUGUCGAUCUUCCAAAAAUAGAAAACUUUAGAAGAUUCUAAAAAAAAUAAAUACAUC